GCUGGGCGGGAGUGCGCCUUUAAGCGGGGAGCAGCCGGGAUGGCUUGGGAGCAGCGGAUGACAGCUCGCCACUAAAACUGGCGAAAGAGGCAGAUGGAGCUCGCCACGGGUACGCCGGGCGCCGCUGGCGAUUCGCGCCGGCUGCAUUUACGCAGCUGCGAGCCAUUGGAGGGCGAGUGAGCGAUUUCGGAGGAGGGCGAAGAGGGACGGUGCGAUAAGCGGGCGGCUGAAGUGGAUGCGCUUCCAUUGCCAUGGCGAGGGGGCUGCUUCCCUGGGCCUCCCUGAGGAAGAUCUGCGGCAGUCACUACUACAUCCAGGCCCGCUUACCAUGUGUACGCGUCAAGUACCUAUUUUUCUCGUGGCUUGCAGUUUUUGUUGGGAGUUGGGUGAUAUAUGUGCAAUACUCCACUUACACAGAAUUGUGCCGAGCUCAUGACUGCAAGAAAAUAAUUUGCGAUAAAUACCAGAAAGGAAUUAUUGAUGGAUCGGCUUGUAGCAGUCUGUGUGAUAAAGAUACACUUUACUUUGGCAAGUGCCUGUCCAAUAAACCGAAUAAUCAGGUAUACAGAGGAGUAUGGGAUGAAUCACAGAUUGUGUUAAAGUGCAGGCUUGAAGAACUUUUCCACUUUGAUUUAGAUUCUAACAUGGAACCAAGGAAGGAGACGGUGUUAUUUGAUAAACCAACAAAAGGCACUUCCGUGGAGGAAUUUCGAGAAAUGGUUUACAAUCUCUUGAAGGCGAAGCUUGGUGACCAGUCAAACCUUCAGGAGCUCCUCAAAUUGGUUGUUACCGUCGCAGAUGGAAAUAAGGAUGGCCACAUCUCCCUUGCAGAAGCAAAAUCUGCCUGGGCAUUGCUUCAGCUUAAUGAGUUUUUGAUUACAGUAAUCUUGCAGGACAAGGAACAUACGCCAAAACUACUUGGAUUCUGUGGAGAUCUUUAUGUAACAGAAAAAGUCCCCUAUAGUUACCUGUAUGGACUCACUAUUCCUUGGGUUUUGGAGUUCUUCAUUCCCUCUGGUUUGAGACGUAGUAUGGAUCAAUGGUUUACUCCUUCGUGGCCCAGAAAAGCGAAGAUUGCAAUAGGACUUUUAGAAUUUGUUGAGGAUGUUUUCCAUGGGACAUUUGGCAAUUUCCUUAUGUGUGAUUUAAGUGCAAAUAACAUUGGCUAUAAUACUAAACAUGACUUAAAAAUGAUAGAUAUGAGAAAGGUUAUACCGGAAGUUAGUUUUAAACAGCUAAUUGGUGCCCGCCACUGCGAGACUGAUGUGGAUUGUGUCUAUGGCACAGACUGCAGGACAACAUGCCAUCAAAGCAAAAAACAGUGCACCACUGAAUUAGAUCAGCCAAACCUGACCAAGGUCUGCGCAUUGCUGAAGGAUUACCUUUUAAAUGGUGCUCCCUCGGAUGUGAGAGAAGAACUGGAGAAGCAGCUUUACUCGUGUAUAGCCCUCCGAGGAACAGCCAGCCAAAUGGAAAUGGAACACUCCUUGAUACUGAACAACCUAAAAACACUGCUGUGGAAGAAAAUUUCACAUACAAAAGACUCCUAAACACUCGCAGAAGAGGAACCUACAGGAUCAAUUGAAAAGCAUUGGAAGACGCAUUUUGUUUUGUUUUAGUUUGUCCAUUGAGCACAGUAAAGCAUAUUGUUUGUGAUGUCAAAAGGAAAACCACUAUAGACUUUUAUUAAUUUAAUGGUUGUAAAUUUGGCUGCUUUUCUUCUGGAGGGUGAAAAUGAACAGGUAUGCGGCAUGAUGACUUUGUAUGGUUUUUAACUACAAUUUGUAGCAUGACAAUAAUUGGCAUAAGACUUUGCUCAGCUUUGAAAUUAUGUUGAUGCGAAACUGGGAAAAAAAAACUAAAUCCAAGGACUACUCUUCCUUCUAUGGGAGACAGCACUUCUUCAUGUGUGAAAAUUGCAACUGAAUUGCAAUGCAAUUUAUUUUUUAAUUGUCAAUUAAGCACUUUAUAUUCAUAUUCAAUUCAUUGAAUCCUGUUGGAUGAGGGUACAGUAUUUUAAAAAAUAUUGUGACAUUUUGUGUCUAUAAAUGGCCAUUGAUUUUUUUUUUUUCAGGUCAUUUGUUCAAAUGCUAACCUCUUGCAUUAAAGUAAUUAUUUAAAACCUC